AUGGCCAACAGAUCAUCGAUGGAGAGAAAGGGGAAGGCACUUUUGGAGCCUCAUCAUGUUGCUUCGCAAUUUCCUACUAGCAGCAGAAAUGGGACAAGUUUGCAGCCCCUUGAAGUGAAGAGGUAUCCUAAUCAAAUAUCGCUAAAUAAAGCCCCCCAAAAUCCAAACGCAAAUGCCAUGAAUUUUCCUUCUUCAGUCCUGCUAAAAAAGGCCUUAAGUUCAUUAACCGAACCACCAAAGUCCAAAAGUCCAGGUUCAUCUUCAACAGCUCACCAUGCCAAUCCUACAAGCACCAAUUAUGGCAACAAAAUCCAUACCUUAUCACCCUCUACAAUUCCAACGCAGGCAAACAAUAUCCAUUUGGGGUCUGUUCCAUAUCCGCUAGCACAACCAACUAACGAUGGCCAGGGCUUCAAUAGAUCACUCCCAAGAAACCGGCGGCUCCCGGUGGUUGGCACAAGUGGUAGUGCUGCCUCAGCGCUGCCGUAUUCCAGACCUGGAAUAUUGGGCACUAGUCCAGCAGGCAGCCAGGGGACCGUUGGACCAGUGAUCAUCACGGGACCAGUGCGUAGGAAUGUCCCCACGUUUUCAUGA